AUGGCGGUGUCGGAGCAGCUUGCUUCGUUCUCGUCGGACUUCGAGUCCAAGAUCUUGCGACCAGUGCGCGAGAAGCGCGCGGCAGGGGAUGAGAUACUGGCGAUCCAGCCCGUUGCCCCGGGGGUUGUACGCGAUCCUGAGUGGGAAGGUGUGGUGGACGGCGAAGUGUGCGGCCUUGGGCCGCUCGCGGAGAGUGUUCGAACAUUCCUGCACUGGGUGCCCAUAAAGCUGGAGAUGAAGGACGCGCUUCGGCUUUGCGUCAGCUGCGCCGAUGCGCUUGCACAGGAGGGAGAGUUCAACUGCGCGCGGAAGUUUUACACCUUCGUAGUCGACAGCUGCGAAGGGAUCAGGCGCGAGCGAACCGCCUUGAUUCCUCCGGUCGCUGAAGGAGCCACUCCCAAGACGGAAUCAACAUGUCUAGCUCAAGAUGAGGCGUCCUGGAUGGCACGGGCGGAAUUUGGCGCUGCGUCCAUGGAACUGCGCGUGGAGUUGACAAGGGACCCCCACGUGCAGUUUGCAGCAACGCUCACGAAAGUCACAACUCACUUGCGAAGAAUUCAGAGCGCGAUGCGGUUGAUGCUCAACAGGCCCAAGGAUGAGCACGAUGCUGUGUCGUGGGUGGUGCUUGAAGGAUGCGUUAUCCUGUUCGACUGGUGCGAGCCGUUGUCCGCUUUGGGCCACGGUGGUGAGGUCGUGGAGUUCCUGGCGUGGAGCACAAUCGCGAUGGAAUCCAUGGUCAGCCUAAGCACAGUGAAGCAUCUCCCAUGGCGGACCCGGCUGGCAGUGGCAACAUGCUACGCCUUCGAAGACUCUGGAAAACCUGCAGCUGCGACAAAGUGCGCCGCCCACGCAUUACAAAAGGUCAGGGAACUUCGUCGUCAGGAGGGGAUGGACCCACCUAUCCCCCCCAAUGUAACGGAAACCCUCGAUGUCGCGGAGAGUGACCUGACGCUACUGACGUUUAAGUACGCCACCCUGGCCACCGCGGCUGCCAAACGACCACCGUCGUCGGCAGUCGGGGAAACUAGUGAAGGCGGUGAUAACGUCGGCGGAACCGGGGACGAAAACGUGGAGGGAGGGCUAUGCGAGGAGGACCUCAGCGGACUGCUAGACGAGCAUAUCCCCGAUGUAUCGAAACGACCAGCGGCUUUGCUGGAACUCAUCGGGUCCGGCGACCGACGCUCUUCGGUCAAUGGAAGUGCUGGAUCGCUGACCGCUAGUGAGUCUUCCUUGGCGUGUAAACUCGCCGUGUCGCUCUUGCUGCCGCCUGCUCCCGAGGGGGGGGAGGGUGGAGAGGAAGUGACGAAUGACGCGGAGGGCGGUCUCAAGAAGGAUGAACUGCUCACGGGCGAGGAGAAUGAGAGUACUGACAACGGUAGCGAUGAGACAUUCCCGCUCCAUAUCGACCAAGAGAUGCAGCUUAUGCGCGAGAUGUAUCAACUUGGCGAAUUCCAGGCGUGGGAGGCGAUGCUACCGUCGACAAAGCAGCGCCUGCGACAAGCCUCGCUGGGAUCCCUCGGGCGGAAUGAGUGUCGGGCAUUCUGGUUCGAAAUCGCUCUUUGGACCAGCUGCAAGCGCCUGAAGACGUGGAGAGACAAGCCGGAGCCACCGAAACCAGCCGAGAAGGGAGGCCUCAAGCGGACGCCACCGGCGAGUAGAGAGGGCUCGUCGAAACCGAUAUCGUCCACCCAAACGGCAAACGAGUGUUCAUCGGAUUCUGUUUCCCGCGACAGUGGAGACUGCAGCGAAAAGGAACGAGCAGGUUCAGGCGCUUCUCUGGCCUUACCCGCUGCUGCUGAAGGAGGAAGCGGUCGUGGGAUAUCGAAAGGGGCGGUGGUUAUGAGUGUGGAGGAGGAGCUGCGAGAGCCCCUGAAGGCAACCCGACCGGCCGAGGUCGUAGAAGUUGCCCUGGGAAGACAUGGCACUGUCGGCGUCAGAGUCAACCUUACACCGAUGCUAACGGUGGUGGGCCUCCUCCGCAAGGCGUUGGUCGGUCAUUACCGCCAUCUCCUAGAAAGUCGAGGAGAGGCUCUCCUUGACGCGACGAUGUCGCUUUGGGAGCCCUACGUGGCCAGCAUCCUGGAGGGGCUGGACGACUUGCCGGGGGGAGCCGAGAUCGACUUGCCUCUCAUGGAUGCGCUUCUGCUCUCGCUGGAAACGAUAAGCGCCUGCCUGUCGGCGUUAAACGCGGAUGAUGAGUCCCUACGGGCCACUGUCGCUCUGCGACUUGCGAUCCUGCAGGCCGAUUUCCGAGGGGACCGUCGAAAGGCCUGUCAGACACUACGGAGUGCCCUGGCGAGUAUCGAUAAGCACCGCAAGGGCGUUAUCUGCAACCAUCUACAUCAUGCGACGACCACCGAGGACACCAACGGCAACCGCAGCAGCAGCAACAUGAGAAGCAACAGCAGCCGUAGAAGCAGCGCACUAACGAGGGCCUCCGUGACCGCUUCGUUUCACAACGAGGCGGAGUCUAUCAAUACCACACGUGGAAACAGCGGUGAUGGUGGCGGUAAUGCCCGAGGAGAUUGGGAGGUGGAGGCGGACAUGGGGUUCCAGGAACUGUCAGCGCUACAGCUGGAUAUUACAAGCACUCUGUUUCGAGUCGAGCUCUUGAUGGGUCGAGACACCGCUUGUCAGCUGGCAAAGCACAAGAAGGCCGAGGCAGCCGCCAGGCUUGCGGCGCACAGAAACGCGUCGAAACGAAAACGGUCUCCCAACAAAACCUCUAAGGUUACUUUCGGCGACUCGGAUGGGAGGCUCGACACCCUGGCAGGGUCGCUGGCUGCAGGCUGGUCGGUCGUGCUUCCUGUAGACGUAGGAGGCCCGGGAAAUGGGAGCGGCGGUAGUACCGGGGGCGUCACGAAAGCAUUGACAGGCACGAACGCCAUUGUGUGCGCGGCUGGGGCGGGGCCGUUGCUCACCAAGGCUGCCGCAGCUCUCGAGGGGGCCAAGCAGGGCGGCGAGAUUUGUCUCACCCCGGCGGCGCCGGCCACCACCAAGGGGAAGGACGGCCUGGGACCAUGGAAGGGCGACGAGCAUCAGCAUGGGAAGGCAGCAGGAAGCAAAGACGGACGCGGGGUAGACGGCGGCGACCACGCGGUGGAAACAACCCUUAAGUUGUCCAACGCCACUUCUACUACUGCGGCGAUGUCUCGGCACGCCGCAAGACCGCCAGCGAAAGCGCGAAGGGUAGUCAAAGUAUGCGUCUAUGGUAAGCCCGAGGGAGCCGGAACGGGCGUCACGUUGAGCAAUACACACUAUGCAGGGCUGGGAGUGCCGAUACCCUUCGACGAAAGCACGGGGAUUUGCGACGCCGUAUCAAUCCGUGGACUCGUCGCCAAUGAGAGCUACGUGUUCGCCGUCGCCGCAUUUGAUGAGCAAGGGAACCUAAUCGGAGAGGGCAUCGGCGAGGCCUGCUCCCCGGUGGAAACUCUUAACCCACUCCCGCUGCCGCUGUGCUGGGCGCACCUGUCACGGACGGCGCUUGGCCUCGGGUGUUCGUCUCUUGCCGCUCAGGCGGCAACGGAGGUGUAUCGAGAGCUCAUGACCCUAUCUGCGGGCAACCUUCUGACCAAAAGUUCAGCAAGGAAAGCAGGCCGCUACGGAGUGGUCGGGCGGAUGGACAACAGUGGCGCCACAGUCACAAAGGACGUGCCGACAAUUGGAGGGACCGUGACUACUGACCUUCGCGAUGGAUGGAUGGCCAGUCCCUUGGUUGGCCAAGCCUUUGAGCCUGAGGUCCUGGACAGAUGCCCGAGGGGGGUCCUUCAGGCUUUUGUGCAGUCCUGUUUUAUGUUAGUAAGCACUGCGGACGAAGACGCGAUGGUCAGAGCAAAGUCUGGGAGUGGCGGCCCACUCGAGGAACAGGUGGCGCGCUUGGUCGCUUUGAAGCGCCUAUCCCUAGCCUGCGAAGUGGCCGUGCUUCUCCAAGACUGGGACCUCGUGGCGCGCGGGGUGUGGAAGGCAUACCAUCUUCUCCUGCCGCUCUUGCGGGUGGCUGCCAUGGGCCGUCUCCUUUUCCAGAUCACUAUCAAGGGACAUGAAAUCGGCGAGAACCUCGUAGCACGUACGACCCUGCUGGAUCACGGGCCGGACGGGGAUCACACCGCUUCGGUCGGAGCCGUGGUGUUUAAGGAAUCCUCGCCCACAGCACCCGGAGCAGGGGCAGCAGAGGGGGCGGAUGAAGACGAGGGAGGCGCCCCCGAGGGAGAAACAAGAGACCUGUUGUUGAAAAAUGGCACCCCCGCCCAGGCAGCACUUCUAGAGGUAUGGAUGGGACUUCAGGGGUAUGGGAUGGCAGCAGGGGGCGAAGCGGGAGGAGCCACUGCAGAUUUUUGCAAGCUGCGGAAAGCGCUCGACCUUGAGGAUCCGGAUUCAGCCACCAGUGCUUCCCCUUCGGCGGGAGGGGCUGGGAACGCGGGGGAGGAGGAUGCAGUGGUUGCCCCGGUUUCUUCGCUGGAGGCUGUCGAACAGGUGAUGUCAUGCGCUCACAAGAACCCUGCAAAGGCGUGGGAACUCCUGCAGGGGGAAAGGUUUACUUCUCACCCCGAUCGAGCGCGAUUACUGUGCAGGGUGUGCUGGAUUGCUCUCGACAGAGGAAUGGCCCAGCAGGUGGUGUCCUGGCUGGACCCUGGUGUGGUGGGCGUUACGGGCGCUGGCACCACGCCCGAAGACCGUGCCGCCGGGGGCACAGAAGCAGGGGAACGCGGAUGUGCUCACUUGGUGGCAGAGUCUGAUCUGAAGCCCUUGGCCGCGAAGGUCCUGGCCCUGGAGGGUGGUCUCGAGGACUCGCCGUACAUCGUGCCAGCCCCUGGAAACAAAGACACGGGAAUAGGGUCGGUAGAAGCCGCACAAGGUAUUGACGGGGGGGCUGACAAUUCCAAAGGCAACGCGGGUGGCGAAGCUGCUGCAGUGGCUGACGAGGGAGACGCUGCAGAGGCUAAGAGAAGAGGGACGAACGUCGACCCAGGCGAUUGCAGCGACCGGAGCAGUAACACGCGAGGCGAGGGAGAUGAAUGUAUGGACGCCCUGACGUUCGCUGCCUCGGCAGCGGAGUCCGAACAGCUCCUGAGGCUGGCGGAGGUGGAACACAUUCUCGGAGCCGCUUGCUUACAGCUGGGCCUCGCCGCCGCCGCUACUGUGCGUGCUAGCAAGCUGGCGACCGGUCGACCUACUCCCAACGGUCAGGUUCCUUCGCUCCAGCCACAGCCCGCUGCCAAUGCUGGAGCGAUAGCAGCGAACCCUGUAUCGUCGAUACCUGCAGGUGUAGCAGGGGUAUUAACAGCGCCGCCACCAUUUGAGGCUUCCAGGCCAACCGUCAAGGAAGUGUCUGCGGCCGCGGGGGGCGGGCGACUCCCGUGGGGUUAUGGGACCGGGCCGUUCGCCGAAGUCUUCGCGUCGAAAAAGGGACUUGUUGUUGACGGGGGAGGUGGCGGCAGGGAAACAAGUGGUGACGGGGGUGGCGAUAGAGGUGUUGAUAAUGGUAGAGACGAAGAGGACAUCAUCUCGCAGCUCGAGGACGACGGGACGCCGUGGCCGAGCAAAAGUCAAGCGGUUUCGGCCGUCAAAGGGGCAGUCAUCAACGAAAACAACAACGAAGGAAAGAGCGCCGGCGGCAAUGGUGAUCAUGAAGACGGAAAAAUCGUUGAUGGGGACGCGUUCGCCGUUUUUUUCUCGAUGGCGAUGCUACACCUGACCAAGGCGGCAAGUCGAGCGCGGCGCGCGCAAUCGUGGUCCAAGACCGAGAGGUCGUGUGGGCUGUUGUGGAACGCCAUCCUCGCGCUCUGGCUAUCGCCGCAUGACUUUCGAUCGACGGAAAGCGCAGAGAUUUGCGUUGGGUGGGGCCUCCCACUGGGUGAACACCAUGGCCGUAUCUACGCGAAGGCAUGCGAGGCCUUGCUUGAUGCGGUGGAUGCAGCCCAUGGUAUUGACCGUGGUGGUGGCCGAAGGGAAGCAGGGUCAAAUGGAGGGUCGAGCCAGGAGAGCACCGUCGAGGACAGCUCUGAACACGAAGGAGGGGUCGGUUUGAAGGUCGGGAGCAGGCUUUUGGCGUCCACCGGGGGUCUAUACGGCGGGAACAGGGUGUACCCACUCGUCUUGCACGCGCAGAAACAGCUUUGUUCUCUGGCGGAUAGACUUCUUUCCAUGAGGCAGGCGCGCCUUGAAGCGAUCGACGAGAAAUUUCAGGAAGCACAGGCCAAGCGCCGACGCCGAAAGGUGCUGAAAGCACUGGAAACAAAGAGUAAGGAGGAAAUAGAGCACGAGCGAGCUAGAGAGCCGCUGGUCGAGGAUGUUGGGGACGCGAGGGUACGAAAGCAGAUUCACGACCACCGCCUUGGCACGCUACUUCAGUCGCGGGACAACUACGUUAAAACCAAAGAGAUCGGUCGCCGUACUCUAGAUGACGCGAGAGAAACCCUCGCGAAACACCUCGCUCUACUGUCUCCGACACCGUCGCCAUUGGCAACAUCAGAAUCUCCCACGGUCGGCGACGGACAUGUUCUUGGUGAAGAACUAGCUAACGGGAACAUCCCUCCAACGGAUAAUGGCCUCUGUGGUGGCGACGGUGUCGGGGGUACACCGGACUUUGGCUUGGUCGAAAAGUCUGAGAGCGCUGUCUUGAAGGUUUAUCGACGAGCUGUGGGCGUGCUGAGGGACAAGCGGGAGAGGGAACUCCUGACAGAGGCCCUGUGCGACAUGGGAGACCUGCACGCGCUGGGAGGACACUACGACUCAGCCUCUAAAAGUUGGAUGGAUGCUAUCGACAGUCUGUGCUCAGCUCUGGACUCCACCAAGCACUGGCGAUCAAUAUUCACAACAUUGCGUGCUGCUCACCCCUCGUCGGGAGGGCCGCCUGGGGGCGGGGGAUCUCUGGCCCUGGCGCUCGGUCGGUGGAGCUGUAUCGCGGGUGGCACCCUCCUCGGAAAGCUCAGCAGGUUCACAGGGCAGAACGAUAUGCGCGGGCAGUUGAACCUGUGCCUCAUGGCAGCGGAGAUGUUUCGAGCACCUAUGGAGAUUUCACUCCCAUACCCUCAGAGGGAAUGCGACUACGCCUCCUUUACGCCGGAAAGCCUUGGAGGACCUGGCCUGGAGAGUCUUGGACUGUGGCUAGACGACAGGAGAUUGUCGGUGUCGUCCCUGUCUCUGUCUCUGAUGCACGUCCAAGGUGUUCUGAUGGCGGCCGGAUGCUAUGAGGAAGCGUUCCCGGUUCAGGCGGUCCUGGAGCAUCCUUCUCCAACUUCGUUCUUUCUGGCAUUCAAGGUUGCAUCAAAGGUCACGUUAGAUCCUCUCCAGCUCGUCCGGGUGCAGCUGGCGCGGGUGGAGUGCCUCGCUGAGGCCGGGUUUCCGGCGGAGGCUGCAUCGGCGCUAGCGGCCGUGCUUUCUGGGGGGAGCACGCCUAAAACCACAGCCGGCUACGCCGGUCGCAGGGACAAUGCGAACUCUUCAAAGGACCCCCCUGCCGCCCCCGCGGAAGCAGAAACACCCGUGGCAGGAAAAGGGAAAGCGAAAAAAGGAGGGGGUGCCAAAGGAAAGGGCGGUGGAAAAUCAGCUGCAAAUUCUACCGUGGAGAAGGAUAGCGGGGUGUCCGAUGGCGCUGAUGGUGGCCGGGCUCGUGAUCCCAGAGAUAUGGCCAAGUCUGGCCUCCCAUUCUAUGGGUUCGCUCCGUUCCAGAAUAGUCUGCCCCUCGGCCAUCCCGACAACGCACUCGCGGUCUCAUGGCUCAUGGGCGAGCUUCCUGGAAUCGGUGCCGAUGAUACUGCGGAUGCCACGGGGGACAACGGUGUUUCUGGGGCAUCGAGGGAACCUUCCAGCGCCAUGUUGCCAUCCGAAGAUGGAGAAGGAAGAUCAGAUGCAAGAGAAGGGGAAGGCGAUGCUGACGUAUUGAAGCGCGUACGGGAUGCUGCAGACAGCAUUCUCGGUGAAGUUCUCCAGGUAACCUUCAAGCGCAUCUCUCCCGAGGCCAUCCCGACGCCAACUACCCCCCUCGACACCGGCCGCUCGGGGAAAUCUGCCGCAACGCAAGAGUCAUCUCUGUCGGUGCACCCAGACGGGGUGGAUAGCGAGAAAAGGGCCGCGAUAGAGGCGGCACACAUGGCGGCAACAGCGCCGGACCAGCCGGAUGGGUGGGCCCCCCCAUUGGCUGCGGAUGCCCUGCUAAUGAGGGGGAGACUUGCUCUGCUUGACGGAAAGUUCAGGGUGUGCCGGCACCAUGCGUCGCGUGGCUUGGCUGUUCUCCUUCGCCAUGGCCUUGGUGGGAAGGGUGGGAAGCAUUUCCCUCCACAUCCUGGAAAUGGUGCAACGGUAUUGAUGGGCAAGCUCACCACUGGCGCGAGUAGCUUGAGCAGUGGAAGAAAAUACGGCGAUAACGACAACACUGACGGCAGUGUUCAGCACGGGAUGACCAUGAAGAGCGGGGGCCAUUCAAGGGUGAUGUUCGACGACGAGCAGAGACAGCCGUGGAGAGUUAUCCAGACAUGGCUCGAGCUGCGCCAUGAUCUUGCCGCUGUGGCUCUAUUGCAGGGACGCACCAUGGAUGCCAUGUUUCAGAUCCAAAGGGGGCUGGACGAAGCACAUGCGGUGGGCGAGGGCGUGAUAUCAAACCGCUUACGCCGACUUGGCGCACAGGCUGCGGUGGCAGAAGGCAACUUGGAACAAGCGGUGUCGGAUUGCCAGGCCCUCGCCGCCGACUACAUCAACGAUCCCUCGACGUCCGCGGUCGACCUAGCCGCUGUGUUACGACUCAUGGCGAAGAUUCGACAGCAGCAGAGCCUCGUGAGCGGGGAGGGCGACCGGAGGCAGACCCUGCUGCUGGUCUCUGAGGCGCUUGACGCUCUCCGCAUUGCAGACCAAGCGCUGCUCUCCGCCGCCAACGGCCUGGGGUGGAUAGGGUCGGGCAUACUGACGUAUUCAAAAAGGGAGGACAACACCAUGGACGCAGGUAUUACGCGUUGCAACCCAAGUUGA